AGUCGAGUACCGGUCGCCGAGUAAAUCCACGCAGUCGGACGUCGGUCGAUCGAGCAUAACCAUCCGUUUCUUUGGGUCGAGCGAAGAUCAGCAAUGAGCCACGAAAAAGGGAUCCCCGGGCCGCGCGCUUUGCUCCACCUGCAGCCACAGUCCACGGCAGACUCGUCGAUCGUGUUGAGCGGCAGAUGCACUUCCACGCCCAUCAACGUCCACGAGCUCUUCUUCUCGCGGCUGGACACGAGCAUCGCGGCAUCCGACGCGGGGGGCGACGAUAGCUCGCUGUCGAGAAUGGACGCGUCGUCGGUACCGAUUUUCGGCAGACGGAACUUGCAACUGUUGCGCGACUGUCAGAACUACGGCGAUGAGCCAGGCGUGGACAUUUUAAAGAAGUGCGGCGGUGGCCACCACAUGGUCAAUGCCGACAAAACGUUCGACGAUAAAGCGCAACCAAGUUCGUCAGGCUCACUCAAUACUCAAAAGGAAAGCAAAGAGACCAAACGAAAAAUAUCGGCGAGUAAGCGUCGGUCAACAGCUAACGAACCUCGAGGACCGACGUUCAAAACGAUGUCGAAACUUCCAAAGUCUCCUCGAUCGUUAACUGCGAUACGCGCGAAACUGAAGAUGAACCGCGACAAAAGCAAAAAGGCGAACGCCGAAGUUGCCAAAGAGAACCAGAAGGUGAACAACGCAAAGGUAUGCAACAGUCAAUCGGCGAUCCAGAAGCGUUCGGCUUUAAAGCACUCAUUUUUACAGCAAGCUUGCGCUGAACAGAUGCAUUCUCCGCCGAAAGUAAAAUAUAGUAAAUUUAAGAUUACUAUACCUAUAUCGCCUAAGCUUGGCCGAGCAAAAAUUUCUCGCCGCAUGUGAUACAUUUUACCUAGAAUUUUCAUCCUUUUUUUCUUUUCUCCAACUAAUUUUGAAUUUGAUGUUUUGUUAUAUUGAUAAGGAAAGAUGUGAAAAGUUUUAUCGAAUAAAUG